AUGGAUAACCAAAAUAUUUACCGCGACACUCAAAGAAAACGCGAAAAAAGAAAAAAUAAAACACCUGAGCAACGCAAAGUACGACAACUUCGAGAUCGCGAAAGAAAGCACAAAAAAAGAACUGCAGAAACGCCCGAGGAACGAGAAACGCGUCUCACAAGCAUUCGCAAUCGUUACCAAAAACAUCGAAAACAAGAAACUGAAAGUGGUGAGAAUGAUGGUGAGAAUGAUAUGAAUAAUAGUAUGAAUGGUGCGAAUAAUCGAGUAAAUGAUGUGAAUAGAGUGAAUAAUGGUGUGAAUUAUGGUGUUAAUGAUGGUAUGAAUGAUGGUAUGAAUGAUGGUAUGAAUGAGGGUAUGAAUGAUGAUAUGAAUAAUGGUAUGAAUGGUGCGAAUAUUAUGAUUGAUGGUGUGGAUGGAGUGAAUGAUAGUGUGAAUGGUGUUAAUGGUAGUAUGAACAAUGGUAGUGAACAAAUGAGACAAGAGAGUGGAUUAAAUAUUAAUGAGCAAGAGAUACAACAUGCCAAUGUUCAGGAGAUGCAAAUUAGUACAACUACACCUGUUGAACUACUUUCUGCCGCUGAUCUUAGCGAACUCGAUCGAGAUCUUUUACAUGUGUUAAUUGUACGCCGCCAGUCAGCAAGGUCGGAUUCCUUUAGGGAUUUCCAAGUCUGUCGUGAAAAGGUUGCUCGUGCAUUAAUGUGGUUAAGAGAAAAUAAUCGGUAUUAUAAUGAAAUUACAAUUGAUGAAGGCGUCCUUCAGUCCUUACCUACAAAUGGUUAUGUUGAUGUCUAG